UUUAUUAAAAAUGAAAUUAUUACUAUUGUUAGUAAAUUUAUUAAUUAAUAAUAUAUUAACCGAUGAAAUAAAAUCAAGUGUUAUUAAUGACGAGUGGCUAAAAUUUAAAACAAUAUACCGACCAAAUGGUUAUAAUAUUGAUAUAAACGAGGAGUCAAUGCGUCGACAGAUAUUUGAAUUAAACUAUAGAUUAAUAGUCAGUCAUAAUCGAGAAGCAGAUGAAGGUUUGCAAACAUACCGUUUGGGAGUCAAUGAGUUUACCGAUUGGACCGAUGAUGAGUACGCCAAUAGUCUAACACUAAAAUUAGGAUCAUUUGCCGAUCAAGAGAUACAGUCUAGUGAUCAACAAUAUGUCGACACAAUUACUUUGCCUCAAUCUGUCGACUGGAGAGACAAACAUGUGGUCACACCUGUUAAAGACCAGAAAGAUUGUUCUGCAUGUUUUGCAUUUAGUGCCAUUGAUACCAUCGAAAGUCAGUUAGCUAUUAAAACCGGUAAACUUGAAAAACUGUCUGUUCAGCAAAUUCUCGAUUGCGGCAAUGGAUUACCUGAUAAUCUUAAAUCUUUGAUUUGUUUUAUCGGUGGAUUAAUGCACGAGUCCUAUGAAUAUAUUAUAAAAAACGGUGGAAUUGAAUCAGAGGAAAGGUAUCCAUAUAUUGAUAACUACGGCAACUGUAGCUAUCGAUCUAUAUAUAAAAAAGCAACUAUUGGUGGAUACGUCAACUUAACAGUUGGCAGUGAGGAUGCACUACAACACGCUGUCUCAACUGUCGGUCCCAUUGCUGCCGGUAUUAACUCAUCGCCCAAAACAUUCAAACUAUACAAAAGUGGUGUAUAUAAUGAUGUCCAAUGUCUUAACGGCAGAAAAAAUUUGAGUCAUGCGGUUGUUGUUGUCGGCUAUGGCGUAGAAAAUGGACAAAACUAUUGGCUAAUUAAAAACUCGUGGAAUACAACUUGGGGUGACCAGGGGUACAUCAAAUUGGCCAGAAAUGCUAAUAAUACAUGCGGYAUUGCUACCUAUGCUCUGUACCCUACAGGUGUCCAUCCUUAAUAAUAAUAUUAUAACAAAUUUUAUAAAAAAAUAUAUAAAAAUAGG